CUUUGUCGACAGCCCUUGGGUCUUGCAUAACGCGUUCAGUAUGCGAGUGUUACAUAGAGGACAUAUAACGAUGCAAUAGCCGUAGGGACGCGAAACAUAAACGGGCGAUCGGUCACAACUCCAGAGCCUCCCGCCCAGCGGGCGAGGGUUAGAGUUUUACUGAUCUAGCUGUGAAGAUGGCGGGCCGCGGGAGAGCCGCCACGCUGCCAGCAUGGAUGACCAGUGGGAGUGCUCCGGCUCCUGGAGCGCCAGGGGGGGCGCCGGUGCCAGCGCCUUCGCCCGGCCCGGGAGCUCCUGGCGCACCACCCUUCGGUGCGCCGCAUGGCGGCCACCCUCCGCCAGGCUCCCACAUGCACUCCGGGCCGCCAAGUGGGGGCGCCGGGCCGCCCCAGCACCUGCCGCCGCCGCCGGGGUCAGGGCCGCCGCCGGGCGGGAUGCAGGGGCCAGGGGGCCAGGGCGGCGCGCCGCCGGGGCAAGGGCCCCCCAUGCAGGGGCCGCCAGGAAUGAUGGUACGGCCGCCGGCGCCGGGCGGGCCAGGCGCGCCGCCACCGGGUUGGCAGCCAGGCAUGGGGCCGCCGCCACCAGGCAUGGGCUUCCCGCCGCCGGGCACGCACCUGCCGCCGCCGGGCAUGGGCCUGCCGCCGCCAGGCUGGCAGCCGGGCAUGGGGGCGCCGCCGCCGGGUAUGGGGCUGCCGCCGCCGCCGGCGGGUUGGCACCCAGGCAUGGGGCAGCCGCCGGGCUACCCACCACGGCCCGGCUUUCCUCCUCCCGGCAUGGCGCCUCCGGGCUUUCCUUCGGGCAUGGCGCCGCCGCCGGGAAUGCACCAGGGAAUGCACCCGGGAAUGCACCCGGGAAUGCCCGGAAUGCCGGGGCUGCCGCUGCCACCGGGCGGUCCAGGCGGCCCGCAGCAGCAGCAGCAGCAGCAGCAGCUGCCGGCGGGUCAGCCGCCGGCUGGCCCCGGCGCGGGCGCGCCCGCGCCCUCCUCCGCAGGCCCUGCGGGCGCCUCCACACCGGGGGCUGCUGGGGGCGGCGGAGCCCCCGGGGGGCCUGGGGCGGGGGUGGGGGGCGGCGGCGGCGGUCCCGCCAAGGAGUGGACGGAGCACACGGCGCCUGACGGCCGCAAGUACUACUACAACGCCAAGACCAAGCAGAGUAGCUGGGAGAAGCCGGACGAGCUGCUGAGCGGGGCGGAGAAGACGGACGCGCCGGCCUGGAAGGAGUACACGGCUCCGGACGGGCGCAAGUACUACUACAACAAGGCAACCAAGGAGAGCAGGUGGACCAUGCCCGAGGAAAUGAAGGCGGCGGCGGCGGGAGGUGGUGGCGGCGGCGCGGGUGCCGGCGCCGCGCCCAAGUCUGCUGGCGGUGUGCAGGUGGUGUCGUUGACGGGGGCGAGUGGCGCAGCAGCGGCGGCAGCCGCGGCUCCGGCGGGCGGCGGCGGCGACAGCCGGUCUUCGCCGUCGGGCGCGGACGGUCCGUCGGCGUCGGCUCAGUCGGGCGAGCCUAAGAACUACAACUUUGCAACGAAGGAGGAGGCCAAGGACUGUUUCAAGGAGCUGCUGGCGGCGGUGGGCUGCCGCAGCGACUGGAGCUGGGAGCAGGCCAUGAGGCACAUCGUCAACGAUCCGCGCUACUCCGCGCUCAAGUCCCUGGGCGAGCGCAAGCAGACCUUCAACGAGUACGUGCAGGCGCGCCGCAACGAGGAGCGAGAGGAGGAGCGGCGGCGGCAGCGCCAGGCGCGGGAGGACUUCACGGCCAUGCUCAUGUCCAGUGACGAGCUCAAGACCACGCACCCCUUCCGCCGCGCGCGCGAGCUGUUUGAGUCGGACGCCCGCUGGAAGGCGGUGCCGGAGCGCGAGCGCGAGGAGCUGUUUCACGACGCACAGAGGGAGCGCGACAAGCGGGACAAGGAGGAGCGCCGCCAGGAGCGCAAGCGGCGUGCGGGCGCCUUCCGUGACCUCCUCGAACGCGAGGGAGUCAAACAGGGCGCCGAGUGGAGGAAGGUGUCGAAGCGGCUUGAGGGCGAGGACGAGUACGAGGCGCUGGACAAGGUGGAGCGGCUGGAGGUGUUCCAGGAGUACAUGAAGGACAUGGAGCGGCGCGAGAAGGAGGACAAGGAGCGCGAGCGCGAGGAGCGCAAGCGGCAGGAGCGCAAGGCGCGAGACGCGUUUAAGGAGCUGCUGAAGAAGCACAGGGAUGAGGGCCUGAUCGGACUGCGCAGCCGCUGGAAGGAGUACGUGGACGCCGCCGCACUGACCGGCGAGGAGGCCUACCGGGCGGUGGAGGCCAACAGCAGCGGCAGCAGGCCCAAGGAGCUGUUUGAGGAUGUGGUGGAGGACAUGGAGGAGGAGUACGACAAGAGCAUCAAGCCCUUCUUCAAGGCGCUGCUGAAGGCCGCGCCCGCCGACUUCGCGCUCACGCCCACCACCACCUACGAGGCCACCGAGGAGGCGCUGGCGGCGGCGGCGGCGGGGGAGGGCGCCGAGCCCGACGCUGCCACCCGCCUCAACAGCCUGCUGCCCACCUACAAGCGCUGCUUCUGGGAGGACGCGGUGGCCAAGGCGCGCAGCCGCGAGGCCGAGGAGGCGGAGCGGCGGCGGCGCGCGCGCGACAAGCUGGCCAGCUACAUGCGGCACGCGCGGCCGGUGGUGCGCGAGGACAGCGCCUGGGAGCAGUGGCUGGCGGAGCACGAGCGCGAGCCGGAGGUCCGGGCGCUGUCGCUGGAUGAGGCCCGCGCGGUGUUUGAUGAGGUGCAGGCGCGCGCGCGCCGCAAGGCCGAGGCCGCGCACAGCGACGACGACAGCGGCGGCGGCGGCGGCAGCCGGCGGCGGCGCGGCAGCCGCAGUGACGAUGAGGACGGCUAUGACGGCGGGCGCAGCAAGAAGAGCCACAAGGAGAAAAAGAGCUCCAAGCGGCACGACCGCAGCGACGACGACGAUGAGCCGGUCAAGUCCAAGAAGCACAAGAAGGACAAAGACAAGGACAAGGACAGAGAGCGGGAGCGCUCGGAGCGCGCCGGCGGAGGCAGCCGCGGCCCGCCGCCGCCACAGCCGCCGCCGCCGGCUGAGGAUUCGGAUCGUGACAGCGGCGAGAUCCGGGAGUGAGGCGGGUGGAUCCUGGAUUCAGUUGAUGGCGCCGUACGGCCUCGGGAUGCGCUGCGGUGCGAUGGUGGAUGAGAGGAGGCAACGGACGCCUGCGGCUGGAGGCGUGGAGAUGUGGCCAGGCGCGCGGCGCGCUGGCGCGGCGGCGGGCGCUACCGACUCGACUGGCGAGGGGUAAAGCGACGUCGGGAGUGGCGGGGAAUUGCGGAAGUUGGCAGUUGCACGGGGGCAGCCGCAAUGGCAGGGCCAGUGGCGGGCACGCGAGUGCCACCGCUGCUUGCUCACUGCCCUGUCGUGGCGUGCCCUUUUGCAAGAGUUGUACGGGACACGUGUGAGCCCAUGGGGGUUUCGGGCUUGGGGACAGAGCGGGCGGGCGGGCUGGGGCAGUGCCAUGCACACUGGGCGCACGGCGCUUGACGCCGCGCGUCUGUUGAAAAGGAUUGCCCCGGGCGGGAACGCCUGGGCCUCGGUAGGAUCGGGCAUGCUGGAAUCAACUUUGAAUAGGGGCCGUGUGACUAACACCGGAGUCCGGGAGCUGACACACCAGGUCAUUGAGGGGCGGGUGUACGUGUGCGUGGGGUCAGUACGGCCGGCAAUGGGCUUCGGCAUAAGGCGUGCGGCACUCCCAGAGGCACCACUGCCGUUGCGGCUGGUGGUGAGCCACCUACAACCGCCUGGCUGAGGCCCCAAUGCACGCUUGCCGCACCACUGCCCUGGCAUUACUGCACCGUACAUGCACACAGAUGCAACCUGUGCUGUGAUACUUUGUGCUAAUGUAACAUGGAGAUUCC